GCGUGUGUGAGUGCGCGUGAACGAAAACGAGACAGCGCGCUACCGAUUGGAAGCGAGAUGCAAGGCGGUGCGUCCAGCGAAAGCAAUACGCAACCGUUUCGCUGCGUACCCGCGGCUGCCAGUUCGCUGUGUGGUGCGUCCGUUACAAGUCGAAAGGCAGCGUCCGCUCUCGAAGGUGCGCGAAGCCGUACACGUUUCGGUACACGCGUAAAAUCCAAACAAACUACACCGGCAGUGUUUCGCAGUGCUUUGCUUGCGGUGUGUGUGUGUGUGUGUGUGUUUUGUCUACAAUUUUCCUGGUACGUGAUGUUGUGUCAAGUGUGACUUAUUUUUCAAUUUUUAAGAACCCGAUAAUCCCGAUCGCGCUGGCGUUUGCGUUGGAACCGCGCGAUUGUGUUUGUGCUUUGGCGUGUGCGUGUGCCUUGUUUCCUCUGUCCAAGCUGUUUUGAUAGUGCCCUCGUGGCUUGGCUGUGGUUUGAAGCAGACUGUGUGGUUCGCGCAAACAACGAUUGGGCUCAAAACUCCCGCGAGCGCUUUUAUCAGAAUUGGCAGCAAAACGGAGCAAACAACAUCCACCGCAGCGUGUGUAUGUGUGCGCGCGUACACACUUAUCGCCGUUCCGUGCAGCCCGAUAGUGAACCUGGAUUCAAUUCUUCAAUCACACCAACACAAGCACGCCUCAGUGCGCCCUCGUUUGCCAGACAUAGGGGUGCAUCAUUCUGCUUUUUUUUUGUAACAAAAUUAGGGGUUGAACGAGAAAUAACCACUGCGAGACGUACGCACUGGCAUUGCGUUUUUGCAUUCGUCUCUUUCCCCUUAGCUUUCGGUUUGCUUCUUUGUUUUCGGGGACAGAUUUUGGUGCUCGCUUGUCCUGGAACUAGAGAUGGGUAAUCCGGUGUAGAGUCAUGGGUCCUUCGCGACUCCGGCUCUGAAAAACUAAACCUGAUUCCCGAUUAAUGUCGGGUUUUGACUCCGCAAUUCCGAACGAGUUCGUUUCCAGUUUAAUUACCUUAUUUUUUAAAUGUUUCCCUCUUGCGGGUCAUUGCUACCAGAAAGAAACAAUUUGAAGAUUUGGCAAAAUUGUUUUUCGAAAAUAUUAGCAAAGAAAUAGAGAAUGAGCGAAUGAAGAACAAGUUAGAGUGAAAAAGAAAAAGUUAUAAAAGUCAUACGCCACUACUAGAAAUUAAGAGGCAUCCUUUAGGAGCUCUCUUCAGGUUUUGGGGGCUUUAUAGACAAAACAACCGAAAAGGAGGGAAAUAUAGAGAAAAGAGUGUGAGGUAGUUAAGGAAGCAAGCCGUAAGAAGUUCCACGACACACAAUUAUGAUGUCCCCGACGGUGAAGCGGUUGGAGCGACCUCCACCGCCACCGACACCCCCGAAACCGGAGCGACAUCCUCAGCAGCAGCAGCAGCACGGUGCCGACCCGGGCAUGCCAGCAGUUCCUUCCGAAACGCCCGACGAGGAGCAGGUCGUGAUGACACCGCUGGGCAAGACGAACACCUCCACGGUGCUGCUGAUCGAGCGGAAGCUCAUCCAGUCGGUCGGCGAACGGACACACGUGGCCGGUGGGGACCAUCGGGGCAUCAUCAUCAACAAAACGGCUGAAGAACAAUCGAAUCGGCAGCGCGAACCGGCCCAGCUCAGUCUCGAGUUCCGCGUCUUCCUGGUCAGCGCCAACAGUGGCCAGCACUCGCAGGAAUCUCGCCGCAUCAAGUUCUGGUUCCGGCCGUGGCUGACGUCGGAGAACGUGCAGGCGCAGGUAGCGCAGGACUUCUUCCGCGAGCUCGUCAGCCCGAAAGAGUUUCCGAGGGACUACGUCGGCUUUAUCAAGAAGAUCAUGAAGCUGCUCCAGAAGGGCUACAACGAAAUACAGGCCGUCGAGAUCGAGCUGCGAAUAUUGGAGCAAACGUCCGCACCACCAUCGAGACCUUCACGCCCCGGGCACGUGAUCGUUUGCUACGGCAACUGUCACAAGCUCGACCGAAACAAUAAUAAACCCGGACCGGACCUGGACGGCGAUGACGGUGGUGGUGGUGGUGGUGGUGGUGGUAGUAGUAGCGGCAGCAUUCAUGUUACACCCAUCAGCCAGCGCAAACAGAAGGACGAGCGGGACGACCUAGAAGUGUCGUUCGAGGACGAACAGUUUGAGGUGGUGCCGCUGACGCCGGAGAAAAUACUGGAACUGAUCGAGCAGGCCUACCCGAACCCCAUUGCACCGGAGGACCUGGCAAAGGACCACGGUUGGGAGGAGGAGGAGGUGCUCGCCAUCAUGCUGGUGCUGAAGGAGCGCGGCCUGAUUAAAUCGAUGGAGUACAACGCGUUCACUCGCAUUCACCAUGACGACCAGGCCAUCAAAAUCGUCAAGCAGAUGCCGACGAUCGCGUCGAACAAGCAGCCCACCAUUGCCAUCAUCACCGCGCAGUACUGCGAGAAGCUCGCGGUGGACGCCAUGCUCGAGAACAAGGAAACGUUCGUGCGGUACACCACCGUAGGAACCGCCACUUCCGAUAGGCCCACUAACGACGACACAGCGGAACGACACCGACACAGAAGAAAGAAUCGGUUCGGCGAAUCGAACGUGUACACGCUCGGCAACAUUGGGGCGCACCGGAUCGUCAGCACGAAGCUCCCGUCGGUGGGCAGCACGCGCGAAGCGAUGACGGCGGCCGGCAACACGACGACCCGCCUACUCGGCACCUUCCAGAAGGUGGACUACGUGUUCAUCGUCGGGGUGGCGGGCGGCAUCCCCCACUACACCGACUACCGGCGGCACGUGCGGCUCGGCGACGUGGUGAUUGCGGCCGCCGCCCACGAGCCGGCCCUCACCAACGGCAACGGGCCGAAACCGUACUGCUACGUGUACAGCGGCGGCCAGAGCGAGGUGAAGCGCUACUACCCGGCGGACGAUGGGCUGCAGGCGAUCGGGCGCACGCUCGUGCAGAACGACGACGGCAAAAAACCGUGGCUGCAGUACGUGCAGGAGGGCCUGCAGCAGCUGAGCGGGCGGGGCGGUCACGCCGAGCAUGACUUUGCCCGGCCGGCCCCCAACACGGACAAGCUGUACAUGAACAUCGGCAACAAGAACGUGAUCGAGGUGGCGCACCCGAUCGCCCAGCCGAGCGGGGAGGGCGACGGGGGCGACGAUACGGACGCGAGCGGCGGUGGGCCGGUACCGCACCAGACCCGGCUGCAUGCCGGCCCGAUCGGCUCCGGCUACGAGCUGGUCCGGUCGGACAGUGCGCGCACCGAGUACGCCCAGGCGUACCAGCUGCUCGCGACCGACAGCGAGAUGAACUCGGUGCUGGACAGCAUCGUCGGCAACUGCCGGGACAGCUUCAUCCUGGUGAAGGGCAUCGCGGACUACAAGGACGGCACGACGUCGCGCAAAUGGCAAAACUAUGCGUCGCUCGCGGCCGCCGCCGUCAUGAAAACGAUCGUGUGCGCGAUGGACGCACCGACGAACGUGUAGAAAAAAAAAGCGAAUGGGGAAGGAGGAACGGAGUGUUUUCCUAUUAAUUUAGUAGUAAGAGGGGGGAAGCAGUAAGCAAUCGGUAGGGUGAAUUGAAGAUGCAACCAAUGGAGGAAUUAAAGCGAAACAAAAGGACCAAAAAGCGAUUCUAGUAAAGGGAAACCGUUUUAGAUAUUUAUAAAUUAUAGAGUAAUAUAUGUGUAUUUUCCUGUCUAUAUAAAAUGUAAGCGUGCAGCGUUAAAGAGAUACAGAUGGUCAUGGUGUCCCCCUCGCAGCAUGUGGACGGACAUGUGUCUAUUUUCCUUUGUUUCGUUAGAGCACGCGUUCUGGGGCAUCCGUUAAGUUGAGCAUGGAAGUUGCCCACUACCAACCAUUGAUGAGUUAGCAGAGGACUCUGUUCUUUCUUUCUAUUGUACAUAUCCUUAAACAAGGCUUGAGUUGAUUGAAAUAAUAUUUAAAAACAAAAUACAAGCAUCAUUCGUUCCCAGUCGGUACAGCCACUAUAUCGUGCAGCAGAUGAUACGUUCUGUUUUUUUUCUGUCUUUCUCUUUUUUUACCGCCAUGAUUUUUGCCACCAAUUUCGCUUCUCCAAGCGCGCUUAUAUUACACUUCUAUGUACGCAAACAGUUUGCCAACAGUUACCGGGUAAAUAAAUUUGUAACUAAAAA